AUGGCCGCUCCGCCGCGCCGCCGGGCCGCCGCCGCUCCACCCCCGCUGCCGCCGGUGCCUCCGCCGGUGCUGCUGCUGCUGCUGCUGCUGCUGCCGCCGCCCGCGGUGCCGCUCGGCGGCGGGCCCGGCGCGGCGGCGUCGCGGGAGCCCCCCGGCCCCUGCCGAGUGAAGACGGUGACGGUGUCCACGCUGCCGGUGCUCCGGGAGAACGACAUCAGCUGGAGCGGCGCCCCGCCGCCCGCCGCCGCCGCCGAGUCCCGCCUGCUGCUCUUCGUCCGCAGCGAGCUGCCCGGCCGCGUCGCCGUGCAAGACGAUCUGGACAACACCGAGCUGCCCUUCUUCACCCUCGAGAUGUCGGGGACCGUGUCGGACAUUUCGCUGGUGCACUGGAAGCAGCAGUGGCUGGAGAACGGCACCCUGUACUUCCACGUGUCCAUGAGCAGCGCUGAGCAGCUCUCCAGGGCCACCCCUCCCAGCCUGCAGGAGCCCUCGGAGAUCGUGGAGGAGCAGAUGCACAUCCUUCAUAUCUCAGUCAUGGGCGGGCUGAUCGCGCUGCUGCUGCUGCUGCUGGUGUUCAUGGUGGCCCUGUACGCCCAGCGGCGCUGGCACAAGCGCCGCCGCAUCCCGCAGAAGAGCGCCAGCACCGAGGCCACCCACGAGAUCCACUACAUCCCCUCGGUGCUGCUGGGGCCCCAGGCCCGCGAGAGCUUCCGCAACUCGCGCCUGCAGGCCCACAACUCGGUCAUCGGGGUGCCCAUCCGCGAGACCCCCAUCCUGGACGACUACGAGGACGAGGAGGAGGAGGAGACGCCGCGGAGGGCAGAGCCCAGCGCCAGGGAGGAUGAGUUUGGCAGCCAGGUGACAAGGACGCUGGAGAGCCUGGGCCGGGGCGGGGAGGAGAAGCCCGACUACGAGAAGAAAGCUCCCGAGGUGACGCAGGAGACGGUGGAGUCGCUGAUGCAGAAGUUCAAGGAGAGCUUCCGCACCAACACGCCGAUCGAGAUCGGGCAGCUGCAGCCGGCGCUGCGCAGCACCUCGGUGGGCAGACGGAAACGCCGCAGCCGGCCCCGAGGUGGAAUCGGGUUUGGACGUGCCAAAGGCAACUCUGGCUCAGAGGCAGACGAUGAAACCCAGCUGACCUUCUACACGGAGCAGUAUCGGAGCCGGAGGCGAAGCAAAGGAGAGUGCAGCUGCCACGAAGGGUACGCCCCGGACCCCGUCCAUCGGCACCUGUGUGUGCGCAGCGACUGGGGACACAGCGAAGGGCCCUGGCCCUACACGACGCUGGAGCGGGGAUAUGACUUGGUCACGGGAGAGCAGGCGCCAGAGAAGAUCCUCAGGUCCACCUACAGUUUGGGCCAAGGGCUGUGGCUGCCAGUCAGUAAGAGCUUCGUGGUGCCCCCUGUGGAGCUUUCCAUCAAUCCCCUUGCCAGCUGCAAGACAGAUGUUCUGGUGACAGAAGAUCCGGCAGAUGUCAGGGAAGAAGCGAUGCUGUCCACCUACUUUGAAACCAUCAAUGACUUGCUCUCGUCCUUCGGACCCGUCCGGGACUGCUCCCGCAACAACGGCGGCUGCACCCGCAACUUCAAGUGUGUCUCGGAUCGCAAGGUGGACUCCACGGGCUGUGUGUGCCCCGAGGACCUGCGGCCCAUGAAGGAUGGCACCGGUUGCUACGACUACUCCAAAGGGAUCGACUGCUCCGACGGCUUCAACGGCGGCUGCGAGCAGCUCUGCCUGCAGCAGACCCUGCCUCUGCCCCACGACCCCUCCUCCAGCACCAUCUUCAUGUUCUGUGGGUGUGUGGAGGAGUACAAGCUGGCCCCGGAUGGGAAGUCCUGCCUGAUGCUGUCUGACAUCUGCGAGGGCCCCAAGUGCCUGAAGUCGGAUGCCAAGUUCAAUGAGACCCUUUUUGGGGAGAUGCUGCACGGCUACAACAACAGGAGCCAGCACGUCAACCAAGGGCAGGUGUUCCAGAUGACUUUCAGGGAGAAUAACUUCAUCAAGGACUUCCCGCAGCUGGCCGAUGGCCUGCUGGUGAUCCCGCUGCCCGUGGAGGAGCAGUGCCGUGGCGUCCUCUCCGAGCCCCUUCCUGACCUCCAGCUCCUCACAGGGGACAUCAAGUACGACGAGGCCAUGGGGUACCCCAUGGUGCAGCACUGGAGGGUCAGGAGCAACCUCUACAGGGUGAAGCUCAGCUCCAUCACUCUCUCUGCAGGCUUUGCAAACAUCCUGAAGAUCCUGAACAAGGACAGCAGCCGGGAGGAGCUGCUCUCCUUCAUCCAGCAGUUUGGCUCCCACUACAUCGCGGAGGCGCUGUACGGCUCCGAGUUCAGCUGCACCAUCCACUUCCCCAGCAAGAAGGUCCAGCAGCAGCUCUGGCUCCAGUACCAGAAAGAAACAACUGAGCUCGGGAACAAGAAGGAGCUGAAAUCCAUGCCCUUCAUCACGUACCUGUCGGGCCUGCUGACAGCACAGAUGCUGUCAGACGACCACCUCAUCUCGGGCGUGGAGAUUCACUGCGAGGAGAAAGGGCGCUGCCCGUCCACCUGCCACCUGUGCCGCCGCCCCGGCAAGGAGCAGCUCAGCCCCACGCCGGUUCUGCUGGAGAUCAACAGGGUGGUGCCUCUGUACGCCCUGAUCCAGGACAACGACACCAGGGAGGCCUUCAAGGGAGCCCUGAUGAGCUCAUACUGGUGCUCUGGGAAAGGUGAUGUUAUCGAAGACUGGUGCAGGUGCGACCUCAACGCCUUCGAUGAGAACGGACUCCCCAACUGCAGCCCUCUCCCUCCGCCUGUCCUGCGGCUGUCCCCCAGCGUGGAGCCCUCGAGCACCGUGGUGUCUCUGGAGUGGCUGGAUGUGCAGCCUGCCAUCGGGACCAAGGUGUCAGACUACGUCCUGCAGCACAAGAAGGUGGAUGAGUACACGGACACAGACCUUUACACAGGAGAAUCCUUGAGCUUUGUGGAUGAUUUGCUCUCUGGCCUCACAACCUCCUGUGUGGCAGCGGGUCGGAGCCACGGCGAUGUCCCUGAAACCAGCCUCUAUUCAGUCAUUUUCAAGUGCCUGGAACCAGAUGGUCUGUACAAAUUUACCCUGUACGCGGUGGACACACGAGGGAGACACUCAGAGCUGAGCACGGUCACCCUGAGGACAGCGUGCCCGCUGGUAGAUGACAGCAAGGCAGAAGAGAUAGCUGACAAAAUCUACAACCUCUACAACGGCUACACGAGCGGGAAGGAGCAGCAGACAGCCUACAACACCCUAAUGGAGGUCUCUGCUUCCAUGCUCUUCCGAGUCCAGCACCACUACAACUCCCACUACGAGAAGUUUGGGGACUUUGUCUGGCGCAGUGAAGACGAGCUGGGGCCCAGGAAGGCUCACCUGAUCCUGAGGAGGCUGGAGAAGGUCAGCAGCCACUGCUCGACGCUGCUGCGCAGUGCCUACAUCCAGAGCCGCACGGAGACCAUGCCCUACCUGUUCUGCCGCAGCGAGGAGGUCCGGCCGCCCGGCGUGGUCUGGUACAGCAUCCUAAAGGACACCAAAGUCACCUGCGAGGAGAAGAUGGUCUCCAUGCUGCGCAACACCUACGGGGAGUCCAAGGGGCGGUGAGGGAAGGAGCAGGCCUGGAGCUGUGGGAGGCAAAGGGACUCCGAGGAGUCGAGGACUGGUGAUGUGCUGAGUGGCUGGUGGGGUUUGGGGUCGGGUGAUGUUCAGAGGGGGUGGAAGGGGACAGCGAGGCCAAACAGGACUUUCUCACACAGAUGGCAGAGAAACAAGAAAUGAGCAAGCUGGACUUUAAUUUCUUUUCUUUUUUUUUUUUUUUUUUUUUAAUUUUUUCAAGAGCGAAAAAAAAGGGGAAAAAAAAAAAAAAAAAAAAAAAGAAAUCACCUAAUUUGACUCAGCAUAAAAGCCUCUCCUUUUUAAUCUUUUCUUACUGAAUUUCCUGGACUACACACUCCAAAACCCUGGGAGGAGGAGAUACCCACUCGAGGCCAGGCAGAGGGGAGCAGGGUGAUCCCCUCCCUGCCUGCCCUGCCUGCCCUGCCAGCGGGCAGCAGCUGUGGGGCGAGGGGCCCCGGUGCCGUGGUGGCCGAGGACGCCAGGAGGAGGUGGCGUGGGUGGCCGGUGACACCGCGCUGCCAUCGAGGGUCCCGGGGCGGGAAGCCAGGCGGGUGCCCGGGACGCUGCAGGCAAGCUGGGCUCUCGCACCGCUCCGGGUGGACGGGGUGGCUCCGUGUGCAGCCUUCGUUCGCAAGGCU